GAAAUCUUAAUUAACACUGAAAAAACUUUGUAUAUUUAUUAGAUUUUUCGUCGAUUUUGUGUUUAAGAAUUUUCUGAGGUUUAAAAUGGCAUUAAACUUGUCAAGGACUUUCUGUAAUCGAGCUUUGCUCUUCAAUCCAGCAGUUUAUAAAGCUCAAUUAAGUGCUGCAAGAUGUGUAUCAUUGAAAGUUGUUAAAGCACCAGCUCCAUUAAAUGAAACUCAUGAUGAUAGAAAUGCAAGAUUUAACCGUCCACAAUCUCCUCAUCUUACUAUCUAUGCCCCUCAAUUGACAGCUAUGCUUUCAAUUACUCAUCGUGGAACUGGAUUCGCUUUGGCUGGAUAUGUUGCAAUGUUGGGAUUGGCUGGUCUUGGAUGUCCCGAAGGUGCAAAUGCAGUAGUUGCUGGAUUAGAAUCAUUGCAACUUGGAGCUGUCACAUUGGCUGGAUUUAAAUUCUGUAUUGCUUUUCCAUUUGCUUAUCACAUGAUGAAUGGAGUUCGUCAUCUUUUCUGGGAUACUGGCAAGUUCUUGAGCAUUAAGGAGGUCUACAUGACUGGAUAUGCAAUGGUCUUGGCAGCAACAGUAAUAUCUCUAGCACUCACAUUCAUGAAUUAAAUUAGUCAAGCCAGUCUGUACAAGAGUAUUU